AUGCGUAGGCUCCCCUGGUCCGGUCUAUUUGUACAUCUGCAGAGCACGGGAAGGCCGCGCGCUCUCAUUGAAUCAAAAGUUAAGUACCUUAUUGUGAAAAGAAAGGACAAAUUUAACGAUUGGAAACAAUACCACAAUGUUGAAUCACAGAAAGAAAAGUUCUCCAGUGUCGCUCUGGAAAGAGGCGAGUUUCCAGAUCAAAAACCAGCAGUAGUUGAAAAGGCAAAACCUCCCAAACGUCCUACGAGAGAUUUUAGUCAAGUUAGAAGUCGUCAAAAACGUCGAAAACUAACCGAUUUGAAUUCACAGCUCGAUGAAUUUGCCAACGACAACAACAUUAGUGUGAAUCAGAAAACCGGGCAUGAUGGAGCAGGAGGACAAUCCGUCUAUAGAGCAUCAGAUAAUCCAAUGAGCGAUCCGAACAUAUUCGCUAAAAUGUACGUUCCUCUAUCUCUGACCGAUACGCAGACUCAAGAAACGCUAUGGAUACAUGAAACACCGAACAGUGCUUUCUAUACGAGACCACUUGCUCUAAUAGCUGAAAAGGAAAGUGCAGAUCUGAUAAAAUUUAUCAACGAAAAGUUCGAACCUGAAGAACAAAAGCUUCGUGAAAAAUGCAUAGAUGUAGAAUAUGGCGUACAAAAGUAUAGUGUGUCUAUCAUCAUUGAAGAUAGCAUGAAAGAUUUGAAAGUACGGAGAGUAAGAUCUGGGCUUGGCGCAGCUGACUGUCUCAUGUGUUAUACCCAUCAAACAGAUUGGAAAAAUAAGGACAAAAUAAAAGAUGAAAGUGCCUUUCUCAUAACUCGAACAGCAGAAAAAACUAUGAAAUUAUAUUCUACAAUGACCGAAGAAAGCGGACAAAUUAAGAAAACCAAAAACGAUUAUGAAACGAGAGCAGGUUUGACAAAUGAACCGAUUUCAUCAAAUGAAUUCACAUGGGUAGAUUAUAAUAUAACUGUUCAUAAUUUAAUAUUUCAUGCGCCCGAACUGGUCGAACGAAACAAUGGUAUAGCGCUGGGCAAAUUGAGCGAAGAGGCCCUCGAAUGUUGCAAUAAAGAUGUACGCAACUUUCGUGAAUUUUUAGCGCGUAAAUGCGGUCACAUUCUCAAUCUGACCGACGUAUUUAACAGGCUUUUCUUACGAUCUGACCCACUUAUUCGCUAUCAUAUUGGUCAAUGUCGUACAAAAAGAGAGAAACGAACGAGUGCUUCUCAUGUCACUGCUAGUCCAAACGAAGAUGAUCUUCUUUUAGAAAAACUUAUGGUCUGA